AUUGUCAGUUGUCAAUAAUAUAACCUAAAAAAGUAAAUAAUUGUAAACCUGAUAAUAAAAUUUAUUUAUCUAUUAUUGAAUAUGCUUAAAUAUAUAGUAUUCGGAUUAACAUUUGUACUUGGUUGGCAUUCCAUACUUACUAGCACUUUAGAACAUGAUAGCUCUGUAAGGAUAAGAUUACAACAUGCAUUAGUAUCUUCAGAGAAUCCCGAAUUUACAGACAGGGGAAAUAUUACAAUUCAAAGUCUACGAUUAGGACAAGCCACAAUUGAUCAAAAACUGCUUUCGCCUGAAGAGCAAAAGCAAAUAAAGGAUUUAGCAGCAAAAAAUGAUUAUUAUCAAAUUAAAGCCACUGUAAUUACCAAUGAUGGGUCAGAACGAGCUUUUCUUUCAACGGUCAAAGCUUGUAUGCUAGCAGAAGCGGAACUAGAUGAUAAACUUUCAGUUUUCAUAGAUUACGUAGGUCGCGUGAUAGGUGUAACGUUGAUGAUAGCUUCAAAAUCCACUUGUGAAGGAGCAGUUGUCCCCCUGGAUAAAUUAAGGGAAUUCACCACCAGCAUAUAUGUCAAACAUACUGAAACGGGUCCAAUGCCUGAUACAGCAAGUUAUAUCCAAAAACUAGAACGAGAAAGGGAAGCUAAAGAAAAGGGUGAAGUUAAAGAUAAUAGAUCCUUCUUGGCUAAAUAUUGGAUGUAUAUUAUACCAGUUGUAAUCAUCAUGGCACUUUCAUCAGCUACAAAUCCAGAGGCACAGCAGGGACAAUAAAUAAAUAAAUAAAUCAGCAAUUAUUGAUAAAAAUUAUUUAAUUUGUAAAUAAAUAUUGUUUUCUUU